CCUCCCCUCCCCUCUAUCAGGAUGCUUCCUCCUACCCACUUUACUGAACCAGAUUCAACCCACCACCAUUAACCAGUUAACAACGAAAUGGGCAAAGCCUCAAAGUGGUUCCUCGGCCUUCUCGGCCUCAAAAAGCCGGACUCACCCUCUUCUUCACACACCCACCAGCCUCUCGCACGCGCUCAAACCCAAAACCGCCGAAGAAGAAGUGGAGCUUCGUCAAAUCCUACCGAGAAAAUGACCACCACCACCCUCUCCACAACCAAAGAGCCCAAAAUGUUCUUGCAUCGGUGCAGCCUCAUUCUUUGCCUGACGACGGCGGUGCAGAUCCCGGAAAACACGCGAUUGCGGUGGCCGCAGCCACUGCUGCGGUUGCGGAGGCAGCCGUCGCGGCAGCUCAGGCGGCCGCUGCGGUGGUAAAGCUAACGAGUAGUGGGAGGUCUACUGCUACGACGAUGGGGAGUGGUGUUGGUAACACAACGGCGUACGUUAGUGGAAGAGGCUCGAGUCUAGGGAUUCGUGAAGUGCGGGCGGCCGUUAAGAUACAGUCGCAUUUUCGAGCCUAUCUGGCAAGAAGGGCAUUGCGGGCGCUGAAAGCUCUUGUGAAACUUCAGGCACUUGUAAGAGGUCACAUUGUGAGGAAGCAGACUGCAAGUAUGAUACGACGCAUGCAUGCAUUGUUGCGAGCACAAGCACGAGCUCGUGCAGUGCGGUCCCAUACUUCAGAAUCUCCACACUCAAGUACCAAGUCAACUCAGUUCCAGCAUCCUGGCCCUGCAACUCCUGAAAAGUUUGAACAUGCCAUACGAUCUAAGAGUAUCAAAUACGAUCAAUCCUUGAUGCUCAAGAGAAAUGGCUCAAAAUCGAAUGGCAGGGUUGGCAUCAAUCAAGACAAGGCACACAUGGGAUGGAAUUGGCCAGACCGCAGAAGGAGUGAAGGUUCAUGUGAACAAAGAGGAUUGUUCUCAAGAACUGGCAGCAUCAGGGUAGAUGAUGAAAAGGGUGACAAGAUUGUAGAAAUUGAUACUGGGAAACCCCACUUCUUGCCGAAAGGAAGAAAUGUAUGUCAGUCUUCUUGUCAUUAUAGCUUGGGUUCAGACCAAAAUAGUCGUAGCUUUACGACAUCGAUAGAGUCAACUGCCCAUCAAACAGCUCUGAGUCCAUCUUCUUGUGAAGUUCAAUCCUUGAGUCCUCUAAAGUUUACUCAAGAUGUAGAAGAAAGCUUGUUCUGCACUGCUGACAAUAGCCCACAAUUCUACUCAGCUUCAUCAAAGGGGGGUGGUGGUGGUGGUUCUAAGAGAGGAGGACCAUUCACUCCCACCCAGAGUGAGGGGUCAAGAAGCUGCCUGAAUGGUUACUCGGACCACCCAAACUACAUGGCCACUACUGAAUCAUCAAAGGCUAAGAUAAGGUCUCUCAGUGCUCCAAAACAGAGGCCACAUCAAUUCGAAAGAUGUAGCUCAACAAAGAGGUAUUCAGUUCAUGGGUAUAGUAAUGACUCAAAAAGAUCUAACAGCACGCAAAGGGUUUCUUCUGCGUUGAAUGCUGGCUUCACCAACAAGGCUUAUCCGGGGUCUGGUCGCUUGGACAGGCUUGGAAUGCCGGUGCAAGGCGGAUGCAGCUGGGUUUAGUGGAUUCUGUUAAUCAGACUUAAAUUAGGGUUCUGGGUGUUUUGUUAAUCAACUAAUAUUCCUAACAAAAAAAUGGAUCUAUUUACAGUGUCUGAUAUCCAAGAUAUAUUUAUUAUUAUAUCGUUUUAUUCAUCUUUCUCUCUCUCUCUCUGAAUAAAAUAAUUAGUGGAGUUAAGGGUAAAUUAUAAAGAAUAAAUGAUAUUUUUUUAUUGGAG